AUGGCAAUAAAUGACAUACCGAUCGUAAUUUCAAACUACAAUAAUAUUGAAGAAUCUCAUACAGACACUAUUGAAACUGAAACUACAGAGAAUACUGAAUUACCUACAACAGACUUAUUUGACGAUUUGAAGACCCUAAACCUAACAGAGUCCUACAAUUUGUCAGCAGAUAUUCGGAAUACUAUUGAAAUGAAUAAUAAUUACAAACAGAGCCAACUUAUAGCGAAUUCAGAUUCAGACACUCAAAAUUACUUAAAAAAUGAAAUAUUUAAUGUUCUGGAACCUACCAGUGAUAAUGUCGUUAAAGGCCCUAAUCAAUUGAUGUCACCUAAAUUAACAGCUAUUGCUGAAAUGCAUAAUGUUGACAAACUGAGCGAAAGUACAGCGACUGUUAAUGUUCUAAACAAAGAGUCAAAUGAAAUAACAAACCCAAAUUUAUUAGUAAUAGAUAACGUUACAGAGACUAUUAAUAAAUCAAAUAUUAAUAAUCAAAACCAAAUAGCAGAGACAGAAAAUAACAAAAAAUAUGAUUUUAAUUUUGGCAAUGCUAAAUGCGAUAGCGAAAUGACACCUCCGAAAUUAAAAGAAAUUCUCAAUUGGCCCCAGACACCACAACGUAAAGGGAAAAUUAUGACCCACAAUCCCAUUUAUGUCUUGACUAGUCGCAAAUGGCUUGAAAUCGAGGAAAAGAAAAAAAAUGAGAAGAAAACAAAAGAAAAAGAGAAAGAAGAACGUAAAAAAGAGAGAGAAGAGAAAAGAAAACAGACAGUAAAAAGCGUCACAAAAAUAUCAAAGCAUACCAAAAAUAUGAAAAUCGAUUCGGAAAACUUAGAAAACAUUGAAAUAUUAAGACAAAAAGAAAAAGUUCCUAGGCAUCUAUUAAAUAAAAACUCAAAAAUUGAAGAAAAUAACAGAAAAAAUAAAGAGGAAACAAAAACCGAAAUAAAAGAACGAAAAAGAAAAUAUGAUAAAUCAAUAACCACUGCAUACAAUAAAAAAAUUAAAAUAGAUGUAUGUGAUAAAGAGACUGAGAACAAUAUUUUUAAGUGUGAUGAUACCAAGACUGAGUUAUUAGAUAUAGACCAGAUUAAAAAAACUACUCCAAAGCCUAAUAAAGAAAGUAACAUUAAAAUUUUGUCUGUUGUGAAGGCGCCAGUUAUGCAUAAUCCAAGAAAUAUUUUUAAUGAAAACAGUUGCGUUGAUACAAAGGUACCAUUCGUUUUAUCCAAACCCAAAUCUAUACUAAACAGAAGAGAGACAUUCCGUAAUGAAGAAGAACUGAGUAAUUUUCUUAAUGAUGAAUACCUAAAUAUGGACGAAAGCUCGAUGUAA